AUGACAUCUCUCCGACUUCAAGCUAUUAUCGAUCAGGCAUCUGCCCUUGCCAUGCUCUCGCCAACGCGCUGGACGUUGAUCCUGGCAACAGGUGUAGCGGCUCUACCCCUGAUCCUCGUCCAGUGGAAGAGAUUCAGCAGACCUCCUCUACCACCUGGCCCGCCACGCCUCCCUAUCCUUGGCAAUGUCCUUCAAAUACCCGCGAAAGAACCAUGGAGGGUCUACAAGGAAUGGGCCAAAAGCUACGGCGACGUGAUGCAUUUGAAGGCAGUGGGAGACACGUUCAUCAUCCUCAACUCUCUCACCGCCGCCUUGGACCUCCUCGAGCAAAAAGCGGUGUUCUUUUCGAGUCGUCCCCGGAUCAUCUCGUUUGAUUUGAUCGGACUCAACUGGGCUCUUGGAGCUUUGGGAUACGGACCAAAAUGGCGUGCAGCUCGCAAGGCGUUCCACCAACACUUUAACCAGCACGAGAUCAAGAGCUACCGCCCAAUCACCGAGCAAGAGGGACUGAUUUAUCUGCGCCGCAUUGCAGAGCAUCCAGAGCAAUUCCGUCAAGCGACUCGAGACUUCUAUGGCAAUGUUCUCAUGAGGAUCUCGUACGGCGUUAACGACGUCGAGUACAACAGGAAGCUCCUCAGGAACGCUGAAGCCAUCGUGCAAUGUCUCUCCGAGUGCAUUCUCCCAGGUCGGUUCCUCGUCAACGUCUUCCCUUGGCUUCGACAUUUCCCUUCAUGGUUCCCCGGGACGGCGUGGAAGAAGAAAUUCGCGGAAUACUCUGCUGCGAGCGACCUUGCCCUCGUCGGUUCGUUCAACGAUGCACAGGAACGGGCGAGGAAAGGUUAUCAGAGCGAAUUCCCUAACGUUGCGACCCGCCUCAUCAGCGAGUUCCCUGACGAGAAGGACAAAGACUAUCAGCUACAGCUCGACGUUGCUCGUGCCGUUACUGCUGACGCGUUCGUUGCUGGUUCGGAUACGAGCGUGAGCUCCACAUAUGCUCUGUAUCUGGCUCUCGCUAUGUACCCUGAGGUACAGCGACGGGCUCAGAAAGAGAUUGAUACAGUCGUUGGGUCGCAUCGGCUACCGACGUACAACGACCAUGCCCGGCUCCCCUACCUCCAAGCCAUCAUUAAAGAAGUGUUUAGAUGGCACACUACGGUUCCACUCGGGCUGACGCACGUCUCGACGGAGGACUACGUCUACAAGGGGUACUUCAUUCCGAAGGGCAGCAACAUCAUGACCAACGUGUGGGCGAUCAUGCACGAUCCAAACGUCUUCGAAGAUCCUUUCGAGUUCAAGCCCGAGCGUUACUUGAAGAACGGCCAGAUCGAUCCUACCGUGUUGGGACCCGAGUCGGCGGUCUUUGGUUUCGGUCGCAGAAUCUGUCCAGGCCGUCAUCUUGGCAGGGACUCCUUAACAUACGUCGCCGCUUGUCUAUUGGCGUUAUUCGACAUCAAGCCUCCCAAAAACGAAGCUGGAAACCCAGUUAAGCUCGAGUUGAAGGUGACCUCGGAGCUCGCUAGCUCGCCUCAGCCAUUUGAAGUGGAGAUCGUCCCUCGGUCCCCACAGCACCUCUCCCUUCUGCGUACAGAGUGA